AUGUUGGAAGACUAUGGUCUUGCUCAAUCAUGUUUUCUAAUCUAUUGUGACAACAUGAGUGCCAUAGAUAUUUCAAAAAAUCCUGUUCAACACUCUAGGACUAAGCAUAUCGACAUUCGGCACCAUUUUAUUAGAGACCUUGUGGAAGACAAAAUUUUAACUUUGGAAUUUGUUCCCUCUGAAAAACAGCUAGCAGAUAUACUCACCAAGGCCUUGGACUUUCAGAAACAUGGUACACUAAGGCAAUCCAUUGGCCUUUGUUCCAUUGAUUGA